GAUAUUUUAAAAACAAACGGUCAUAUUUACAGUUUCACAGAAAAGUUUAGCCCUUUCAAACCUGAUUUUUUGUUUUUUGGAAUUUUCAUGAACCGAUUUUUUUCCUGUUAUAGUAGGUACUACUGAGUAUGGAAAUAUUGAAAAAGCUUUUACGAAGUUUAUAAUGUUCGCAAACAGAAACAACCGUUUUUAGUUACGUAAAUUUUUAUUUUGCUAUAUUUAUUUAACAAAACUUUAAUGUCCUCAAUUGUGCACGGUAGGUUUGAAAGGGUUAGCAUAAUAUCAGCAGCAUCAACAAGCUCAGACAAGUAAAAGCAAAAGCAAACAACGCAACACAUUAGACAAUACAAAUAUACUACGCCAUACCAGUGAACAGAAUAAAUAUAUUUUUAAUUUUAUUAAAUUACAUUAUUAUUAAAAUUGAUUUAUUUUAUAAUAAGUAAUAAAAAUGAGUGCUGCUGCAUCAAAGUCUCGAACUGCACCCGUCGAGGAAGCCGAGGACAUCGAUGAUGAAACUUCUCAAGCUAAGCUCAUUUCAUGCUUGGAGGGCAAUGGAAUCACUGCUGGUGACAUUGCUAAGCUGAAGGAAGCUGGUUAUUAUACAAUUGAAGAAAUAGCAUUUACACCAAAGAAGAAUUUACUAACAAUAAAAGGUAUCAGUGAAGCUAAAGCUGAUAAAAUUCUUCAAGAAGCAUCAAAACUUAUGGUAAUGGGAUUCAAAAGCGCCACCGAAAUUCAUCAGAUCCGAUCAAAUAUUAUCUACAUCUCAACUGGAUCAUCAGAGCUCGACAGAUUGCUAGGAGGUGGCAUAGAAACUGGAUCAAUAACUGAAAUUUUUGGUGAAUUUCGUACCGGUAAAACUCAAUUGGCUCAUACACUGGCAGUUAAUUGUCAAUUGCCCGUAGAUAUGGGUGGUGCUGAAGGUAAAUGUUUGUACAUCGAUACUGAGGGAACCUUUAGAACAUCUCGAUUAAUAGCAGUGGCCGAAAAAUUUAAAAUAGCGCCAGAAAAUGUCCUCGACAAUGUGGCUUGUGCUAGAGCUUACAAUACUGAUCAUCAGACUCAACUUUUAGUGAUGGCUAGUGCUAUGAUGACUGAAUCAAGAUACGCUUUACUUAUUGUCGACAGUGCAACAGCAUUAUAUCGUACAGACUAUUCAGGUCGUGGUGAAUUGUCUGCUCGGCAAAUGCACUUGGCACGAUUCCUCAGAAUGUUACUGAGAAUUGCUGAUGUUCAUGGUGUGGCUGUUGUUAUUACCAAUCAAGUGGUAGCUCAAGUUGACGGAGCAGCAAGUAUGUUUGGUGGUGAUCAAAAGAAACCUAUUGGAGGUAAUAUUAUUGCUCACGCCAGUACAACUCGACUUUAUUUGAGAAAAGGUCGUGGAGAAACGAGAAUAUGUAAAAUUUAUGAUUCACCUUGUCUUCCUGAAGCUGAAGCCAUGUUUGCUAUCAAUGCUGAUGGUAUUGGAGACGUCAAAGAAUAAUAACAUUAUUUUAUAACUUCAUUAUUUUGUUUAAAUUAUAUUUUUGUUCAAGUGCCUUUUUUGUAUUUAUAAUUCAUUUUUAUUAUAGUAAUAAUUCAAUAUUUUAAUUGAUAAGACCAAUCAAUUUAUCAUAAAUUAUUGAAGUUAUUAUGAUUCUGGAUCUCAUACAAAUUUUACGUUAUAAUCUUCCGAAAAUCCAGCAAAAGAGUCAUCCUAUGGAGGAUACGUUUUGAUAACUUUUAAAACAAAAUCUCCAGAGCUGGUAUUGAAGACUGACUUCUCUAAAGUAUCAACUAGCAUUCACUUUAAAACAAUAAUAAUAGUGCUAAUAAUUUAAUCUGUGUCUCAUUCAUUUGGAAAGACAAUGAUGCAAUCUUUAAAAGUUAAUUAACAAAAGCAAUGUUCAGCAGAAUAAUUGGCAACAACCUUUUUAUAUUUAUAUUUUGUUUUCAUAUUUUCAUUUACAAUAAAUUACUUAUACAUCAUAGAAAUUAUUGACGGUAUUUUGAAGUUAAAUACAAAUAAUUAAUUAAAUUAUUAUAAUAAGAGGCACUUGGUUAAUAGUUAUUUCUACUAUUAAUUAUAUAUUUUUUAGAUCAUUCUUAAUUAUUACACAGAACAAACAAUUUAGAUGUUACAAAA